AUGCAUCGGUACCUGACGGAUUUAAUCACAGAUUGGUUAAAGAGAAGGAAAAGUUCACAGCAGGCAGAUUUGAAUAGAGGGAUAUGGGCAGACAUGGGCGAUAUGUUCCAAGAAUUCGUAGGACAUAUGAAUAAUGAAGAGGACCCUACCUUAGACGUGAUAUGCACGAUGGGCAGAGCAACUAACGAAAUUACGCAGGCACAAAUGCCAUUAUGCACGAACAUUGUGCGCGUCAUAUCUUAUAUGGAAGAGAGAUUAAAUAGUUCAGAAAGGCAAAGCAGGGAACAAGAAACUGACAGAGAGGUGAAAAAGACCAUGCGGUGUAUAAUAGGGAAAGUGAAUCUGAUGGCACUACGGGAGGAGUAUUGCGGGGCGACACGCAUGUGGGCAUAUAUAACGGAAAAGGCGCAAGAGCUGGCUACGGCCUUGGACCCGGAGGGAGGCAGACGCAGUAACCAGUGUCAUUCGUGGGAUAUAAGUCGUUUGAGCCUCGGUGGAAGGGAUAUAGAACAAGAAAUUAGAACGUGGAUAUCGAAGAGUGCGCUUUACGAGGGUAUGGGGUAUUCUGGACUGUGUACGACAGGACAGGGAGCUAGCGGCACCGUACAAUAUAAGACUAAGCAGGAGAUAACACGAAGCAUAGUACAACGCACGCAGCAAUUGCGCGAGAAAGUUCAGGAAAUUGUAACGAAGGUGGAGAAGGAAACGGCAGACCUAAUACCUUCCACGGAACAAUCGAAUUCACACGGCCCCAACACACAAGCAGCACAUCCAAAGGCUGCAGCAUCGCCGGUAACCACACCAUCAAAGGAAACGUCAGCCCAGCACAGCGGCGUCCACGACGGCAGUGGUAGCGACGACGACUAUGUAGCUACCACAACGAAGCAGGACGCACGCACACCACAAGCCGACAAACCUGCGGCUACCAAACCAGCAACCACAAAACCGGUAACAGGGGGAGGAGGAGACAAGAACGGGGCGAAGCCCUCGGCACCAUCAGCAGCAGGCACAUCAGGAACAGGAACAUCUUCCGGACAACCACGAUCAGAUUCCUCGGCUGGGGAAGGACAGCCGGCCGCAGCAGGAUCAGGAGCAGGCGGGCAAGGACCAGGUCAAGCACCAGGACCGGGACAACAACCCCCACCACCUCCACCACCACCAGAACCGGCACGUCCUGCAGCACCUAAAGGGGAACAGGGAGCAGCAUCCAGUACAGGAGGAUCCACAACACCCACAAACAAGUCAGGAGCGGAGGCGCAGACGCCACAGGCCACUGUUACCAAUAACGAGAAAGGAGAGACUCAAGGUAAGAAAGCUGAAUGUACCAAGCAUGUGACCGAGUCCCACGCAGGGCAAUCAGGCCGCGGGCAAUAUGCUGAUCCCAUUGAUGACUCCAGAGGAGGUACAGGUGGCUCCUCAGUAUCUUUCACUGUUGCCGUCACCACGCCCGAAUGUUCAGACACAGGUGGCAGUGCUACAGAGCACACGACAUCUAAGGACGGCCACGGUUCAUCAGCGGUUGCAGGAGCAGCACCCGCCGCACCGGAAUCCCAGCCACUUACCCCUGUCUCCACUAUGGGGCAGGAUCCAGACAAGGGUUCGACGCCGGAUGUGGUUACUACAAUAUCAUCAUCAACAUCAGGGGCACCACCAACACAGACAGAUCCCGUAGAUGCAGUACCAGGUUCACAAGCACCGGUACAUUCUGUGGACGACAGCACUGCGGAACCCGCUGGUCAGGGCGUCGCCGUCGGUAACGAUGACCCCCCUCCUCUCAAUCCACCCAAACCAAAACCGAAUCCGAACCCAGAUCAAUCGGGUAGUAGUGGCAGCGGCGGCGGCGGCCAACCGCCCGCAGCAGGUACUGCAGGUGGAAGUGGCGGAGGUGGGGGAGGAAGUGGCAUUUCCUCAUCCUCAGGACCCGGUUCUAACGGUGACCAAAACCCUGCUUCCUCCGGUCCUGGCUCCACCGGCGUUGCGCAAUCAGGUUCCUCCGGUACCACACCACACGAGCCAUCCAGUGGGACAGUUAGUCCAUCAGGUGGUACAUCGGGUCCAGCAGCAGGACCCCCUACUACACUACCACCUCCGACCCCUCCAUCGAAACCCUUCGACCCCAAGGAUCUUGUCCCCUAUACCCCUGCGAUCAUUCCCGCGGUGGUUGGUAUUGGGCUCAUUGCCUUUUUCCUCUGGAAGUACUUUGCGUACCUCGCCAAACGACGACGAACGUAUCGCACCGUUCGUGACGUGCCGUCACCGCCACUCGACGAAGCCAUUCUAGACCAUCUACAACGCGGCGAACUGCCACCACCCGAUUACGGCUACACGAUGAGUAGGGAUAGGCCACCUGCGUCUGCUGCCGAACGCCGCGGACGACGUCAACCACGCGUGAAUCGCCGCACGAUCAUCGACCUACAUCUAGAAGUGCUCAACGAAUGUGACGCGGCCGAAUGGGAAAGCGUCAAAGACGACUAUUUGCAAAUACUCGUUGAAGAGUUUAUGGGGGACGGCCAUGGGCAUAGUAGUUCCCCGGCUUCUUCUUCGAACCGGGAUUCACCAACCAAGGAUUCGACAACCCUGGAUUCAUGUCCACUUAACGAAGAUGACCCCGAUCCAUGGAGUUGUAUGGAAACCAUACAGUUAGAACGGGACAGUUCUCCACCGAAUGAACACGAUCCAUGGAGUUGUAUGGACACCAUACAGUUAGAUUCAGAACAGAGUCGUGCUCAUUCCGACCACGGUGACGCGACGGCGGCGUGCACUAAUUGGAUUAACUGGAUUGACCGCAACAAGCACCUUUUGCGGGAGUGCACGGCACAGGCAUGGUUUUUGCAAUUAAAAGCGGAUUGGAAACAAUACCUGCGCGAGCACAUGGUGGCAGAGGAGGACAACGGAGUAUCCGGGCAGCGUGAACUCGGUGAAUCGGCAACCCCGCAGAUAAACAAGCUUGACGCAUGGAAAGAAUGGGUAGCGCAACAACAUCGGCAAAUGAGUGUACAUAGGAAGCAGGAGUGGUGUAAACAUUUGUUGAAUAAUGUAGAGGAGGCGACAGUAUCGCAAAAAGGCGAAGUACCACGAGUAGAAAAACACUUAGAAGUGGACAAAGUAAUGGGCACAGAACACAUGCUACGAGUGACGCAUGUACCGCGCACGCAACUGCAUACGCAACCUUACAUGCAAAAACGGUUAACCGCUAAAACAUGGAUACUCAUCCUGGCAUUAGUCAUAGAACAGUGCGAGCUCGAAUGUCGUUUGCAGCAGACGGAGUUACAUGUGGAUGCCCUAUUGCAACAGUGUUCACAUUAG